AUGUCUUCCAAAUUGGGAAAAUAUGAGCCUAUUGAGGAGGGGCGUGAAGAUACUACCGCCUCGAAAUACCCUAUUACACAGCCAACACCCACGCUCAUCUGGAUUGCAUUCGGCGCAUCUAUCGCCCUCUGUGCCGCGGCCAUUGCUUUCUUAGCAGUAGAAAUCCAAUGGCACUCGGUGACACCCUACACGCAGUCGCUCUAUCCGCAAUCCAAAUCUCAAAAGUACACAUGCGGCAAUUCGACUGAGGAAGCAAAACAGAGAGGCUGUACCUUUGACAUCUUGUCUAUGAACUGGCUUCCAGAACAGUGUCCUCGCGACGAGACACAGGAAUUUAUCGAUUACUCUGCAAACGAGACCUGGGUUUACUAUCGGGAUAGGCAUGCCGAACAUCCAAUCAAGAGUACGGAUGAGUUGUCGGAGUUAGGGGAUAAAUUUUGGUGGUCAACGCAGAGGGAGCACCUGGUGCAUUGUGCAUUCAUGAUAUUGAGGCUUCACAAAGUCCUCGAGCGAGGUGGGAAAAUCGACCAUCUAACGGGGAGCUUUGGUCAUACGAAGCAUUGUGUGAUGAUGUUGUUAGAUGCCAGCAAGGCAGAUCCCGAGAAUGACAGAGUAAACACGCCGGGAAAUAUUGCUCUUGGGUCAUGCUAA